GAAUUCGAAGCAAUAAUCAUUGAGGAAAAUCAAAUCAAAUUUAAGAAUACUGGACAAAAUACAAGCUAUACAAUUCUCAAUGCAGGAUCCACGCAAAAACGAUCUAAAAAAGCUGACCAACGCCAUCAGCUUCCUCCAAAAGCGCAAGGACUAUCAUAAGCGGGAGCUCGUCUUCGAAGAGCAUCAACUGAAGAUGAUUCUGGCCGUGCAGGAUGCAGCCCACAAGAAAAUCAAGCAAAUGGCAAAGAUGCAGGAAUUGCAGUGGCUACUGUCACAGGAUCAUCAUGAGCUGAACAAAGUCAUCGAAACUCUAAAGACCUUCGUGGACAUGAACGAGGAUAUGAAGGAUACAGGGUUCUACAAGGCAGCCACCAAAUACAUCGACGAGCACUGCAAUGAGUCAGAACCUAAGGCACCAGAGCUACCGCAGUAACUUUCUUAUUCCUGAUCCCCCGUUGAGCCACACACAGAAAAAAACUU